UUAACUUUUGUAUACGUUUAGGAAUGGGCCAAAAAAUUGAAGUCACGUGCUGCCUACGAGCAGCGGCUACAAGCAUUAAAGGCUCAACCAGUCAAGCCGCAAUUGCCAACUGCUGGGUUUUACCCAUAUUGGAAUCCUAAUGUGGUUAAGACUAAUCUAAGAAUUCAGGAAGAAUGGGAUCGUCAAUCGACGACAACGGAAAAACCAAGACUGAAUAUGCAGCAACAACGUAUGAUAUCCGGCACUCAAAUGAUGGAAAUGGCAAUACAAGCUAUGGAGAACGCAGCAAAAGCCAAGGCACUCAGAAAUGUUUCAAUUCCAGCAACGGAAACUAAAAACACUCUUAGAAGAUCACGAUUUGGAAUAAAUGGAAGACGUAAAAAAAUUCCUAAAACAGCAAAGGCCAAGGGCAUGAAAAACACGCAAAGAAGAUCGCGUUUUAGAGUAAAUGGACGUCAUCAUUUCCCUUACCGCCGCGCUGCUCAACCUAAAAACCAGAAGAAUCGGCCAAAAUUGCAGCGUCGUCCUCCAGCGCAAGCUAAAGCGGGGGCGAAAAAAAAACCGAGUCCACCGAAAUCACAGCGACGCCCCGCUACGCCAGCUAAAGCAAGACAGAACAAAAAAAUGAGUACACCGAAACCACAGCGUCGCCCCACUACACGAACUAAAGCGAAGACUAAAACAACAAAGACUCCACCGAAAUCACAACCUCGCCGUUUAACUCGAGCAACCAAAAAAUGGAAUCCACCGAAAGUAGAGUCCGUGUUGGGCCCAAGGCCUGGGAUGGCAAUGGCACGUUACAAACAUAGCCAUGAGGCGGCUGACGAAGUUCCUCCUACUCCAGAAGAACUUGAAAAUGGAGUAUUGGGACCGGCGGCGGCUUCUGAGGAAGACUCAGGAGCUAAACCGCCUAGACCACGGUGGUCACCAGCAGUAUCUGUAAUACCACCAUGGUUAUCUAAACCUCAUGAUGAAUCACCUGGGCCACAAGGACCUGGACCUCACGGAACUGGGCCCCAAGGGCCUGGAGAUCCCAAUGGACGAGGUCUACCAAUUGAACUACUAAAGCUACCACCAGGGUCUCAGGAUCCACCUAUAAGGUAUUUCCCACCUGAUGGAUCCUCGGGGAAAAGAGAACUAACAAGGGAACAACUGGGAAAACGGGAUCCACCGAAUUCUGAGUCUGGACGUCCUGGACACCCUAGCGGACGUGAAGAACCGCCAGAUUAUGGGCAAGGGCCCGAUGAACGUUCAGGGCACUCUAGCGGACCCAGUGGAUCGCCAUUUGGUCCAAAUGCGGGCCAGGGGCUACCAGAUUAUAGACAAGGGCCCGAUGAACGUUCAGGACUUUCUAGCGAAUCUGAAGAGUCGAGAGAGUCGCGAUACCCACGAUACGGACCAAAUGGGGUGCGGCUCCCGCCAGCUUAUAGCAAACGUCCAAGACUGGAUCCGCGUCUCGGACGACCAGUGGGACCAAUACCAUCGCCAUUUGGACCAGCUGGGGGCCAGGGGCCACCAGAUUAUGGACCCCCUGGUGGACCGAGAGGAUCGCCAUUUGGUCCAAACGGGGGCCAGGGGGCACCAGAUUAUGGACCAGGACCCUAUGGACAUCUCGGACCCCCUGGCGGACCGAGAGGAUCACCUUUUAGUCCAAACGGGGACCGGGGGCCACCAGAUUAUGGACCAGGGCCAAAUGGACCUCCACAUGGGCUACAUGCGCCAUCGUAUUAUUCACCAUAUUACGGACAGGGACCUCCCGGACCCUCUGGAGGACUUAGAGGAUCGGAAUUUAGACCACCUGGAAGAGAUGGACCUCCUUAUGGACCUGGACAUGAUGAACCUGGCAUGCCUGGCCAAUCAUUUGGUGCACAAAAUGGGCCAAUGCGUCAAUCUAACUUUGGUGGAUCAAUGGAUUCUGGGCUCGGGCCAGAAGGACCUGAGAAGUACGGGUUUGGAGGCCCACCAGGAGUAUAUGUGCGAGAUGAACCUGGGAAGAACGGGCCUGGACCGCCGCCGGGACUAUAUGGACCUUCUGGAGCUCAAAGUGGAGCGCAUUUUGGAAUUCGAGGGUCACAGGGUCCUGAAAAUCGCUCGCCGCCACAUUAUUCACAGCAUCAACCACCUUCGAAACUACGUUACAUAGGAUCAGCAGGUCCACCUCCAUCGGAAACAUGGAAUUGGGAUGCCUCGCGCCAACAGGCUUAUGGAGCAGACUCUGCAAAGCUACUACUACGAGAACUCAAACCUCCUGAUCCGUUUCAUGAAUUUCCUAAAGUGGAUGACUUUGGCGAGCCGAUAGAGUGGGUACCUUUAAUUAAGGCCAAUAUAACAGAUGGUCUCGCAAGACUCACGGACAGGAAAACGGGAAGGAACAUGCAGGCCAGAAUAAAUGGCACAGUCUUCGUUCCAGUUUCUCACCAGUCUACUACAACGACAGAGCCGACAACCACAACGACACAAUACACCACCACACCGGACCCAAUCAUGGAGUCUUUGCUCCAAUACGUGACUCCUCGGAACUUGAAACCGGAAGACUGGUUGGCUUUCGACGUCACUUUGAAUAAGAAGAAAGCUGCUGAGACAUGUGCCGCGGAUGGAUGUCAAGCAAGGUGCCACAAAGAUGAGUGUGGAACUGCGUGCCAGGGCGACACUUGUGCUACCGGGGUGAAUAGCUUUAUUUCAAUUAAGAAUUUGCAUGCAUGUGGCAUUCCUAGUCUUAAGGGUUCUAAUGCAUCGUGCAAUGGGGUCCUUUUCGUUAACCCUAACAGGAAUUCUGUUAAAAUGAUUUUAGGGUUUCGUAUCAAAAUGAUAAAAGCACAAUAAAGGAACCCUUAUUGUGCUUUGUCCGUCUGUCUCUCUGUCUGU